GAUUGAAGUUUGUUUACACUCGGGUUAGCUUCGGGCGCAUCAGGCUAGCUUCAGACACCGGGAAAUAAGUAAUAAACCUUCACGUUAAAGUAUUUUAUAUUGCUUUUUUGACUUUUAAAGCGAGAUUUGUUCACGUUUUGAGGCUUUUCUCUCAUUGAGUCAAAGUUUUGUUUGUAAAAGCGUCAGAGUCUACGAAAACUACGACCCCAUGCUCCAGUCCAAAUGGGCGGACAGUCACUGAACACGGCGGAUUAAAGGUUGUUUUCUGACCCGGUCCAGAAUGAGCAGUGACCCGGUACCGAGCAGUGACCGAACUGAACCCGGUGUAAACUUUGAGGAUUUGUGGCAGCAGCUCAGAGAAUGUCACCAAAACACUCUUCAAGAACUGGAAGCCAAAGUAGCCAAACUGAAAAAGGAGCGAUGUUUAGACGCUCAGAGACUGGAGCAGUUUUUUAACCGUAACCAGCAACUGAAAGAGCAAAACAAAAACCUGCAGGAGGCUGUCAGCGGGUUAGAGGAAAGGCUUCGAGAUGGAGAGUGUGAAAGAUGCAUCAUUUUAGAAGACGGCUUGAAAAAUACUGAACAACAUAAUGCAGUUCUCAUUGACCAUCUAAAGCAAGAGAAAAAAGCCCUCAAAGAUGACAACAAAAAGCUAACUGCAGAACUUGAAAAACUGAAGGCGGCCAGUUCUGAUCGUCCGAGGACUUCAUCCCCGGAGCCAGAUGACUGCGUUAUCCCCGACUCUCCUGUGAUGGCCAGUUCACUCCCAGCUGCAAACAAACUCAAAAAACGUAAAAAUAUCGAGAAAGCCAAGUUUGUUCGUUACGUAGAGAAGCCGAUACCUCCACCAGCAGCGGCUCACACCUCACUGUUUGUCGAAGCUGAAAAGGACCCAGAUGUUUUUCAGAAUCCAGUGCUGGUGCCAAACACAUGUGAACUCGAGGCCUCUCAGCCGGAAGGAGACGUGAAUUCAGAAGAAGUGAUCGCAGAGACCUGUCGCCUGCUGCUGCCUCGGCGUGUGAAAAAAGAAAGCCCUCUGAACCAACGAAACAGCCCUGAGUCUUCACUUAAGUACGACCAAAUCAACACACGAAGCUUAUCUUGUUCAUUAGCAGAAGUGAGAAAGAACCACAGUCCAGACUCCACUACAGACCGGUCCCUGUCUCUGCUGCCCCGGAACAAGCGAGUUUCUGUAUUUGAUUUUUCCAGCGGCAACAAGGCCAAACGAACAAAAGAGGAGAUGAAAGUUUCCCGAACGGUUCAACCUAAACUAGAUCCAUCGACUCGUCUGAACGGCAGUCGUAAACCAGUCUCAAAGAGCGAGUCCACUGAAGAUGCAACUCUGACUGAAAAAUCAAACAUGGCGUCUUUGAGUUCAUCUUUUAAGAAGCCGAACGCAACAGUAAAACAUCGAAUUUCGCUCCAGGACGGGAUCAAGUGGAGUCAAACCGAUACUGAGAAGUCUCCGAGAGAAUUUAAAGUUGAACCAAUGUGGAGUAUGGACCCGGCACUCGCUCUGGAAAUGUACGAGACUGAACAAGAGACUGACGAGGUAAAUGAGGAAAAAUUCCGUCCUGGCGAUUUCGUGGACUCUGACUGUACCUGGAUCAGCCACAGCGUCCUUCAGCGUCGAGCAGAAAAUGAAGACGACGACACUGAUGUAAACGGUUUAGGGGAAAAGGCCAAUGACAGUUUGGACCGAAUGUUUGAAACCAGCGCCUGCGGAGAUUACAAGUCCUACGCCACUUUACCUACGGACGACCGGGACAAGGACCAGGACCGGGACCACGACCAGGACCACGACCACACCAGUGACCCGGAAGAGGAGGAAGAGGAGGAAGAGGGUGGGAAUGAAAAUGACGCUGAAAAUGGUGAGAGAAGAAGAAAAAGUGGCGCUCCGGCCUUUCCUCAUGUGGCUGUGAUCCGUAAGAAAGAAGAACGCCGGAAACUCAAAGGAACGACAUGCAAAGAAUGUGAAAUCUAUUACGCUCAUCUGCCAGAGGAGGAGCGGCAGAAGAAGCUCUCAAACUGCUCCAGACACCGUUUCCUUUACAUCCCUCCGUGUACUCCUGAGAACUUCUGGGAGGUCGGGUUUCCAUCGACGCAGACGUGUAAAGAAAGAGGUUAUAUCAAAGAAGACGAGAACCCGCAGUCUCGUUUACGGAGGAGGCAGCCACUGAAGGCCCUGUUCUCCCCAAAAGGUAAAAAGCAAGAAGACUAACGAGAGAGUCCUAAAGAGCC